UUGGGCUUGAAAAUCAGCAAAAUGUUAUCGUCUUCAGCUACUGCCUCGGCACCGCCACUUCUUCUCACAAGAAGCGCCUCAUCUCUCUCUCUCUCUCUGUGACAAUGCCCAAUUAAUUACUAAUUAAUACCAACUCUCCAUUUCCAGGUUUCCGCUUCCGUUCUUGAUGCCCUUUUCACUGCCUCCUCCGCACCAGAUUCCUUAUUUGAGAUUACAGCGAUUGUCACCAACCACCAUCUGCUAGAGACAGGGGUAGAAAGGUGAUGCCUUCUCCAGUUGCACAACAUGCUCUCGCCAGAGGUUUCCCGUCUGAUUUGAUCUUCACUCCGAUAAAAGCUGGUGAGGAAUCAUUUCUUUGCGGCUUUAAGGCUUUGGAACCUGAACUUUGCAUCACUGCCGCAUAUGGCAAAAUCUUGCCCACCAAAUUCCUUAAUAUUCCGUCUAUGGGUUAGUCUGAAGAUUCAAAAUAUUCUGUUUGUCUUACAGGUUGUUAUUCUUCUAUUAUAAUGUGUUAUGUACUUAUGUUUCUGCACUCGUGAUCGUAAUAUUAACUGAAAUGAUAUGUUUAAGCAUAAACCGUAAGGAUGAGAUAGGUCUACAGGUUUUCAGAGUCAGUGGAUAUUAUAAUUUAUAAGGUGUGUGUACAUCUAAUGCAUAAGUUCAAGGUUUUGAUUUCUUGAUGUAUACUCAUAGUGAAGACUCUAUAAUUUUACUCAUAGUGAAGACUCUUAGCAGAGACAACAUUUUUUUCAUGCCAUAUAUAGAUUAUCUUUCUUUAUUAUUUUUCCGCUUGCCAUCUCCGCGUGAAAUUAUUGGCUAUCAUCGCCUUAUAAUUAAUUCAGUUAACGGUUUGCUUUUGUUAUGGGAUGGACCGGAUAAUGAUCAUCAUAUUCUUUUCAUAGUCAAUCCAAUGACUUGUGAAUAUGUUGAGCUUCCUCCUCAACCUAGACGUAAGUGCCUAUUUGGAUUCAGAGUAAGCAAAUUAAGCGGCAAAUAUAAGAUUUCAUGUGUUGAUGAAUCUAGCUCUUGCUACCUAUACGCUCUAGGAGGUGUGUUGUGGAGAAGUAUCUCAACAACUACUAGAUUGCCUAACAAAUCAAGCCGGCCUGAAUACAUCCAAACUCGACUUUUGUCUGUUUAUAUUUUAUUUUUUAAGGGAAAUCUUCACUGGUUUGCAACUGAUUACAAGGCUAAUUUUGUGAUUUGUUGUUUUGAUCUUGAAACCGAGGUCUUUACCAGUUUUUCCCCUCCCCCUCGCCAACGUGGAUAUUUCACUGAUACAUAUGGUUCCCAGCAAUUAUGUGUUUUGAAUGAUCAACUAGGCUCAUGCGAUAUAACAGAUCAUAGAGAGCAUAUUAUUGCUUGGAAGAUGAACAACUAUCAAGAUUCACAUUCUUGGGUGAUAGAAUAUACCAUUGCCAGAAUACGAGUUGAUGAUCGGACAUUAUCAUACUAUAUUAUUCUUCCGCUCAAAGUUUUCGCCAUUGGUGACUUGUUAUUUGCUAUCAAGGAUCAACUACUUAUCCACUCCAAAGCCACUAAAGUUAUGGUCCCAUAUGUUCCUCUUCAGCGAUCUUACUAUGAGAAUUUACAUAGCACAUUUCAUUAUACCCCAAAUUUUCUUACGCUCAAAAUCAUGGGAAUUAGCAAUGUCCAGUCAAUUAGUUAUUUACUAGGAAGAACAUAAUUUUUUGCAAGUU